AUGGAAGAGAGUAUGCGUGAAGUGUUGGGCCCUGCUUUAGUGUCAAUUGGUGACUCUGAGGAUUCUCCGACCUCCCAAGUUGUUCAGGUCCGCGAUCUCGACACCCGAGGAGAGGGAAAUGGCCUUAUUCCACGACAAGCCAAUACCUGCCGCAAUGACUUGCUGUAUGGCAUCCUUCGAGCGCUGUCGGCCUCCAAGUUUUGCACGACUCAUCUCCAGUUCACAACGCCAAAGACCGUUUAUGUAACAGCCACCAGGACGAUGCCCACAGUAACACAGCUCAUCACGAAUACCGUGACAACUACGACGGUGCAGACUGUUCAAGGGCCACCCACCGUAACAGUGUUGACCACCAUCACCGUUGGAGAGCCAAGGAUUGUCGACCAAGUAGUGCCAGUGACAACUACAAUGUGGGCGACCGUGACGACGUCUCAAACAAGCUGCUUAGUUACCCAGGCCACUACCACCAAGGCCACGACAGUAACAACCAUUCCUACAAGGUCAAUCUAUGUCGUGACCACGGUUACAGCAUCCCAGACUGUGACGACGCCGGCUGCUGCACCGGCCGUCUCGACCGUCCAGGUUAAUCCAGCAGACGUUACCGUAACGCGCCUGCCCUUUUCACUUCUCCUGCUCUCGUACAAAGCCAGCAUCCGCUGUACACCGGUGCCGCCAUGGUGCCCGAAAAGUACCGAAAGCCCCCAGGCGCCGCCGCUGUUCACUGGCACCAAGGAGUCCAUCGUCGCCGAUGCAAAGAAGAUAUGCGACACCACUCGAUCUCUCCUUGACAAGGUCGUGGCCGAUCAGACUGCCGACAAGGGCACCUUCAACACCGUUCUCCUACCCCAGCUCGAGGAUGAGAACCAAGCUGACCUGUCAUCCCGCAUCCUCGGCUUCUACCAAUAUGUUUCCGCGAGCGAAGACCUCCGCGGUGCGUCCACCGAGGCUGAGACGGUUCUCGACGAGUUCAACAUCGAAUGCAACAUGCGCGAGGAUGUUUUCAAGCUCUCUGCACCUUUGGAGAAGGAGUACAAGGGCUAUAUCAAGAAUGGCCUGGGCCUACCCGCUGGGGAGAAGCGUGAUCGCUUCAAGGAGAUCAAGAAGCGACUCAGCCAGAUUUCCAUCGAGUUUCAGAAGAACUUGAACGAGGAAAACGGCGGAAUCUGGUUUACGACCGAGCAGCUUGAGGGCGUCCCCGAGGACGUGGUCAACACUCUAGAGAAGGGUACGGGCGAAAAUGAGGGCAAGAUCCGUCUUACCUUCAAGUACCCUGAUAUGUUCCCCACCCUAAAGUUUGCCGUGAAGCCGGAGACGAGGCGGGAAGUCUUCACUCAGAGCGAGAACAAGAUCAACAAGAACGUCCCUCUUUUUAGGGAGACGAUUGAGCUCCGAGAUGAGGCGGCGCGCCUCUUAGGCUACCCCGACCAUGCGACGCUCAGGAUUGAGGAUAAGAUGUCCAAAGAUCCCAAGACGAAGGAGAUUGCUCACCUCCUAGAGCUCAAGAAGGCAGAUACCGAGGCCCGUGGUAUUCCCUUUGAUGGAAAAUACUACCUCUGGGAUCACCGCUACUACGACCGCUUGAUGAUUGAGAAGGAGUAUAGCAUUGACGAGAUUCAAAUUGCAAACUAUUUCCCCUUGCAAUCUACGGUGAGGGGCAUGCUCCAUAUUUUUGAGGAACUGCUCGGCUUCGUUUUCGUUGAGCUUGGCGCCGAGGAGAGGGCCCAGAUCAGCCCUACCGGCAAGGCCGAAGACAUUGUAUGGCACGAGGAUGUCAUUCUCUUUAGCGUUUGGGACGAUGCUGGAGAGGGUGACGGAUUCGUAGGCUAUCUGUACUUGGAUCUUCACCCCCGACAGGGCAAGUACGGACAUGCUGCCAAUUUCAACAUGCAACCUGGUUUCUUGAAGAAGGACGGCUCAAGAUACUACCCUGCCACGGCGCUUGUGUGCAACUUCAGCAAACCCUCGGGUGCCAAGCCCUCUCUCCUCAAGCACGACGAAGUCGUGACUUUGUUCCACGAGCUUGGACACGGCAUCCACGACCUUGCGGGCCGCACCAAGUUUGCUCGCUUCCAUGGUACAAGCACGUCCCUGUCUAACCACUGGGAGUCGGGCGAGAAGAUCCCCGACGACCUCAUCGAGAAGCUGAUCUCUACUAAGCAUGUGAAUGGUGCUCUUUUCAACCUCCGCCAGCUCCAUUUUGGCAUCUUUGAUAUGACGGUGCAUACGCCCAAGUCUCACGAAGACCUCAAGAAUCUCAACAUCCCCAAGCUGUACAAUGAGCUUCGAGCGGAUAUCUGUGGUCUCAAGGGUCCAGAAGAUUUUGGAUCUGGCUUUGAAUGGGGCAACGGUCAGGCUACCUUUGGCCAUUUGAUGGGAGGCUACGAUGCUGGCUACUACGGAUACCUUUCCUCAGCGGUAUAUUCCGCCGACAUGUUCUAUUCCGUUUUCGAAAAGGAUCCCAUGGCCGGUAAGGAGGGUAGGCGGUAUCGUCAUACUGUCCUUGAGAGGGGCGGUAGCCAGGAUGAGAUGAAGACUCUUGAGCAAUUCCUCGGAAGGAAGCCAACCCCCGAGUCGCUCGCGAAAGCAGGAUGGAUAUAUCAGCCGCACCCCGAGCACCCCGACCAAGUCGUGUGCUUUCUCUGCCGCAAGGGCUUGGAUGGGUGGGAGAAGGGUGAUGACCCUCUGGUCGAGCACGUCAAACACGCGCCCAACUGCGGGUGGGCGAUCCUCGCCGCGAUAGAGGCCGAGUACCCCGACUAUUUGGCCGAGGACCCCAAGAGCAAGAGGAUGAUUGACGCCAGGAAAUCCACCUUUGUGGGAAGGUGGCCUCACGAAGCAAAGAAGGGCUGGAAAUGCAAGACGAAACAGCUUGCCGAAGCCGGCUGGAAAUAUACACCAACCUCAGAGUCUGAUGAUAUGGCGACGUGUGCGUACUGCCAAUUGAUGUUGGACGGGUGGGAGCCGAGCGAUAAGCCACUAGAGGAGCAUUUCAACCGAUCUCCCCAGUGUCUUUUCUUCAACUUUGUCGAUACGAAUCCCGCCCCGGCCAAGAAGUCCGUCCGCGGAAAGCCAGCCCGAGCGUCGAAAGCGUCGAAAGCGUCGAGAAUAUCUGUACAAUCCACCGGCAUGAGCACCUUUAUUUCCGAGGGACCCUCGACGUUAGAAGCCCCAGCAGAGCAUGAAGAUAGCGUGAUGACGACGGCCUCUAAACGUGGCCGCCCCAAGAAGGCGACGACCACUGCCAAGGCCGGGAGGAAGACGCGAACGAAAAAGGAGUUGGCGGAGGGCGAAGACACUGAAAUCACAAUCAGCGAGGACAUGCCCCCGCCCCCAAUACCAGCUGCGAAGGGGAGGAAAAGCCGAAAGCCUGCAAACGAUAUGGUGAAUGACUCUAUGAUGGCGCUUGAUGAGGACGAGCUAGCGGCCGCACCCAAACCGAAGAGGGGCAAGAAACGGACGAGCGAUGCUGUUGAGGAUUCGGUCUUGACUACGGCCGAGGCCCCGGCCCCUAAGAGGCGAACGAUACGGGCCAAGGCGGCCGUCGUUGAGGUCCCCGUUGCCCAGCAUGAGGAUGACGUGAGCGACGUCGAGCCCCCAGCGGCGAAGAAGGCCGCUCCUCGGAAGAAGGGACGCGCUUCAGCCAAGUCGACGCGCAAGGCCUCGGGCACGUCUCUCCGCUCCACGGCCUCGACCGCAUCCCUCCGUGCCGCAGCCGAAGCUGCCGCCGCUGCCGACGAGGAGGAAGUUCCCGACGAUGCCGAAAUUGAGCGGCAACUCGUGGCUGAUCUUGAAAGGCCGUUAUCCGAUGACGAAGACAUGGCCAUGGAUUCCGAUUCGGAGAGGAGGCGCAAUGCCGGACGCAUGGUGACAAAACAAAAGGCCAAAUCGAGUGCUAAGGACGAGCUCCACCUCGACGAGCAAGGGGAUUAUGCCAUGUUUGAUCCAUCGCCCGUGAUUCCGGAUGAAGCCGAGGUGAAUGCCGAGCUAGAGAGGAUUGCGGCCGAGGUGCAGGCUGAUGAGCCCGAGCCGGAAGCUACGCCGGAGAAGCUCGAAGUUCCGAAGAAGGGUCGAAAAGCGGGCACGCGAAAGGUUUCGAAGCAGACGAAGAAAACAAAGGCGGCGCCCGAACCUGAGCCCGAGCCCGAGCAUGAGCCUGAGCUGGAGGAGGAGCCGGAACUGGAGCCCGAGGUUGAACCAACACCUGCCCGUGCCGAAGCGAAGCUGGACCCGGAACCUAGCCUUAUUCAUGCCGUAGAGCCCGAAGAGGAAGCGGCAGAAACCUCCAUUUAUGAGGAUGCGGCCGAGCCUGCCGUUGCCGACCGCAGCACGAUGAGCUCCGGCGCCGUGGCGAAAGGUAGACCUUCGGCGGAAGCUGUCAAGGAAGAGGAACCUGCGCCUGCUAAGAGGGGCCGGGGGCGUCCUCCAAAGAAGCGAGGUUCUCGCGGGCGGUCGUCGGCGGCUUCUGCGGCUCAGCGUGAUUCGCUUGUCGCCAAGGCACCCGCGCCCACGCCCGCGCCCGCUCCGGAACCAGAAGAGGUCUUGGAGACGGUUGAGGCUCCCCUUGAAGAGGAGGAGGCUGCUGUGGAGCCCACGCCGUUCAAAAUUGCCGAGACGGAGCCGCCUGAGGAUGACGUUGACUCGGAGCCGGAACUUGUAGUCGUUCCUAGUGAGGAACAGGACUCUGUGUCUCCGGUGGCCCAACGACCCCUUCCCCGAUCCCUUCGUCGGUUCCUAGGUUCUCUCACCACGCCCCUCCUUCCACGCCUGUCCUCGGAUGCCGAGAAUCAACCGCCCUCGUCCCGACCGGCCAAGAUCAAGCGACCGGUCCUCGCGCCCGUCGUGGGGUUCAAGGCCAGCACGCCCAACCGUAUCCUAAACUCGCCGACGAAACGCACGAUGGUGUCGACUCUCCAGACGACGACGCCCUGGACCGCCGCAGAUAUCGACCUGGUGCUCGGAUCGCCCGAGAAGAAGCGGACCGCGGCGGGGCCCGCGGCCGACGGCGAUAAGGAGAACUCGGCCGCCAGGCUCCUGCGCAAGGGGGCUGAGCUGACGAGUCCCGAGAAGAAGAUGACGGUGGAGCAGUGGAUCUACCAUAAUGCCAGCCUGGCGGAGGAGGAGCUCAAGACGAAGUGCGAAAGCCUCGUCGGCAAGUUUGAGGGCGAGGGUAUGCGGGCCAUGAGGGCUCUGGAGGGCUUGAUUGUCGAGUAG